GCCUCUGGGCGCCCGUCACUUCCUGCUCGGCCCGAGAAGGCCCUGCCGGGCGGCGGCGGCGGCGGCAGCAGCGUCCGGGCCAUGGUCGCGCUGGAGAACCCGGAGGGCGGCUCGGAGGCGGCGGCGGUGGGAAGCGCCCCCGGCGGGCGGCGGACGCUGCCCCUUCCGGGCUGCCUGCCCGCUCUAGCUGGCUCCCAGGUGAAGAGGCUGUCAGCAUCCAAGCGGAAGCAACACUUCAUCAACCAGGCCGUGCGGAACUCAGACCUCGUGCCCAAGGCCAAGGGGCGGAAGAGCCUUCAGCGUCUAGAGAACACCCAGUACCUCCUAACGCUGCUGGAGACAGACGGGGGCACAGCUGGUCUGGACGAUGGGGACCUGGCCCCCCCCGCAGCACCCGGCAUCUUCGCAGAGGCCUGCAGCAAUGAGACCUACAUGGAGGUCUGGAAUGACUUCAUGAACCGCUCUGGGGAGGAGCAGGAACGGGUUCUCCGCUACCUGGAGGAUGAGGGCAAGAGCAAGGCACGGAGGAGGGGGCCCGGCCGCGGGGAGGAUCGAAGGAGAGAGGACCCAGCCUACACACCCCGUGAGUGCUUCCAGCGCAUCAGCCGGCGUCUGAGAACUGUCCUCAAGCGGAGCCGCAUCCCCAUGGAAACUCUGGAGACCUGGGAGGAGAGGCUGCUGAGGUUUUUCUCUGUGUCUCCCCAGGCCGUGUACACGGCCAUGCUGGACAACAGUUUCGAGAGACUCCUGCUUCACGCCAUCUGUCAGUACAUGGACCUCAUCUCAGCCAGUGCCGACCUGGAGGGCAAGAGGCAGAUGAAAGUCAGCAACCGCCACCUGGACUUCCUGCCACCGGGGCUGCUCCUGUCCGCGUAUCUGGAGCAGCGCAGCUGAUGGCCGCCCCCCUCCCCCUCCCCCGCCCCCAGCCUCCCUUCCCCCAGGCCUCCCGUGCCAUUCGCUAAAGUAUCUUUAUUAUUUGGAGGAUUUGUCCCUGCAGACGUGCUCUACCCCUGGGGGGGGGGGUUAUCCCUCUGACUCCUUCCCAGCCCGCCUCUCCCAGAUAAACGCGAGGCCCUGGCCCCCCACACCGGACUGUCCUGGCCUUGCAGCUCCCCGCUCCGGGACUUGAGUUUGAGCGAGGAGACCCGGCCUGGUCACUUCCGUGUUCCUUCUUCGUUCAGCUUUUUCGGCCCCGUCUGAAACUUAAGCAAGGAGCGACAGGCUGGGUUUUUAUCACUUUUAAUGAAUUUGGCAUGAUUUGUUGUAGAUUUUUAAAUUUCCCUUUUGGGAAGAAAAACCAAAAACUUGCCCCAACUGAUAAAUCGGGGGACUUUGUUCCAGUCCCUGUUUGAUCCUCCCCCAUCCCCCAGCUUUUGGCUUGGAUGUGGGGGAGGGGGGGCCUGGGGCUCCGCCCCUUUUUCCAGGUGUGUUCUGUCGUGUGCGCCUGCGCGUGUGCCCCACGCCCUAGGACAGGGGCUGCAUCUUAAAGGCUGGUCUUGCCACCCUUUUGGAACAUGUUUGUCCUCCACGGGUGGCUUUUGGUGGCUCUUGGGGCCCCAUUUGCUCUACACACCUCCUCCCUUCAUCCUGCGGGAUCAGGACUUCCAGCCAGAAGCCUCUGCCCUAGGACUGCCCCAUUCCCCUGUCCGUGUCCCUUUGCCCUUCCCCUAGCCUAGCUCUGGCCCGUUGCCUUGGGCUGACCUCUCACUGGCCACCCUGGCAUGUCCCACAAGAGCAGGGCUGGGGGACCCCUCCCGUGUGUGUGUGUGUGUGUGUGUGUGUGUGUGUGUGUGUGUCUAGUUGUGCUUUGGGAAAAGUGGAGAGUUCAAUAAAUUUCUGGUGCUCUGGUC